UGAACAAUAAAACAAUCAAAAUAUCACCAUUUUCUUUUCUUCGACUUUGAACACUUGUAUGACUCUUUAGUCAAAGUCUGGAUGAGCAGAAGUCAAAAUCGAACACAUAAGUUCUUACGCUAUCCAUCGUUUUUUCCUUCAUCGUUUCUCGACACUUCCCCAUCAAAACAUGUCUCGUAUUUUCCAUUAUCUGGAAGCCAUGCUCUUGAUUUUGAUCUCAAUUUCUGUGUUUACGACGGUUUCCUCCCGCCCUAUCGCCACCGGUCCAGAAGGUCACGUUGCCGCGACGUCAGUGAUAUUAAAGAGCUCCGAUGGAGAGAAAUUCGAUGUGAAAUUACAGGUGGUGCUACAAUCGGAAGCGAUUAAGCAAAUGAUCGUCGACGGAGGGUUCUCCAGUAAGAUCGAAUUGUCUUUCCCUAAUAUAACCGGUGAGAUCAUGGCCAAGGUCUUGGACUACUGUCACAAACACAUGUAUUACGACGGCGCCGGAAAUAAUCUCACCGCCUUGGAGGAAAUGAAAGCGUUUGAUACGCAGUUCGUGGAUGUUCAUUACGAAACGCUCUUCAAACUUGUUCUGGCAUCGAAUGAGUUAAAGAUCAAAAGUCUAUUGGAUCUUGUUAGUGGAAGAAUAGCCAAUAUGAUUAAAGGGAAGGAAGUUGAAGAGAUACGUGAAAUGUUUAACAUCAAACAAGGGUCAUGUGUUGAUCAUUUCACAAAACAAGACAGUGUUCGAGAAAAUGGUUGGGCAUUUGGGUAAGAUAUUUGCAAACACUUCACAACUCAAAAUCGUCCUAGCAUUGAAUUGUUGUGUAAUAAUUUACAUUCUAAUAUCCGAAAUAUAAAGCAUGUAUUAUGUAUUUAUAAAAACAUGAAAAUAUGGU